GUCAUCCUAAACAGGAAAUAAGCCCCGGAGGAUGGUGGAGCGGGAGCGAGCGGACCGGGCGCCCCGUCACAAACGCCGCCGCGCUGCCUUUCGCUGCUUCCGGCGCUCGGAGACGGAGAAGGGCGAAUUCAUGUCAUCGCUGUGAAAAGAGCCGGGGGGGGGAUUUUUUUUGUUUUCUCUCUCUCUCUCUCUCUCUCUGACAGAAGAGACAGCGAUCCAUGAAGUUCCGCCGCCUUAUUCUGGCCCUCUAAGCUGCUGUAGAAGGCACACCAGGCUGUGUCCGGUCUCCUGUUUGAAAUGGCUAUCGCGCGACAGUUUGGACUGCUGCUGUGGAAAAACUACCUUCAGCAGAAACGACAGAUCCUGGUGACUCUGGUGGAGAUAGCCCUGCCCUUGCUCUUCUCCGGCAUCCUCAUCGUGGUGCGUCAGAAGGUGCCUUUUAAGAACUACCCCAAUGCCACCGUCUACGAGAGCUUCUCAGUCGACUAUCUGCCCACCCACCUGGUCUUUGGACAAUACCAACUGGUCUACGUGCCAGGCAACUCCAGCGUGGUGCGUCAGGUGGCAGAGGACGUACAGCACAGCCUGGGCCUCAGCGCCAUCGCCUCAGUGCGUGGCUUUGAGACGGAGAAGCAGUUUGAGGACUAUGUGAGGAACGACCCUCUGUCAGGAAAGGUGCUGGCUGCUGUGGUUUUCGAACACCUUUUCACCCAUGAUGACGAACCCCUGCCCCAGCAGGUGAGCUACCACCUACGUUUCACAUACACGCCACGAAAUGCCCCAGCCAAGGAGAAGUCUGAGCUGAACCCAAACAAUGACCUGGACUGGCAUACCCUCAGCCUCUUCCCCCUCUUUCAGCUGCCGGGGCCCAGGGAGCAGUUUGACAAACAUGGGGGCACACCUGGUUAUUUCAGGGAGGGCUUCCUGGCAGUACAGCAUGCGGUGGACCGAGCCAUCAUGCGCUCCUAUAACAGAACCGCUGCUGCCUCUCUGCUGGCCCAGACAAGGGUAGUCCUGUCUCGGUUUCCUUACCCAGCCUUUAUAUAUGAUGUCUUCAUCUUAGCCAUUCAGAACCAGCUGCCCCUGCUACUGGUGCUCAGUUUCACCUACACUUCCCUCAAUAUAGUCCGAGCCGUGGUGCAGGAGAAGGAAAGGAAGCUCAAGGAGUACAUGAGGAUGAUGGGUCUCAGUAACUGGCUCCACUGGAGCGCCUGGUUCCUCAUGUUCUUCCUCUUCCUCUCCAUCUCAGUCGUCUUUGUCACUUUGCUCUUCUGCAUCCAGGUGAGCCCCAAGGGUGCAGUGCUGACAUACAGUGACCCCACCCUGGUCUUCGUCUUCCUGUUGGUCUUCGUUGUGGCCACCAUCAACUUCAGCUUCAUGAUCAGUGCCUUCUUCUCUCGAGCUAAUGUGGCGGCAGCAGCGGGCGGCUUCAUCUACUUCCUGAGUUACUUGCCAUACUUAUUCUUGUGGCCACGGUACGACUUAAUGAGCCACGCCCAGAAGGUGUCCGUCUGCCUCAUCUCAAAUGUGGCCAUGGCCAUGGGAGCCCAGCUCAUAGGGAUGUUUGAAGGCAAAGGUACGGGAAUCCAGUGGUCUAACUUGUUUGACUCGGUGACGGUGGACGAUGACUUUUCCCUGGCCCAGGUACUGGUGCUGCUGCUGCUGGACGCCGUGCUUUACGGCCUGGUGGCCUGGUAUGUGGAGGCCGUCUUCCCUGGGGAGUAUGGAGUACCGCUGCCUUAUUACUUCUUCGUCCUGCCUUCCUACUGGUUUAGCAGCCCUCGAAUGGCCCUGGUGAACGAGAAGGAGGAAGAGGAGGAUGCCGAGAAAGCUCUGAAGGGGGAGUUCAUUGAGGAAGAACCGGCUGGACUUGUUUCUGGGGUCAAGAUCAAACACCUUGCUAAGGAGUUCAAAGUCAGCAAUAAGACCCGACAGGCUGUGCGGGACCUCACAGUGAACAUGUUUGAAGGACAGAUCACUGUGCUGCUGGGCCACAAUGGGGCUGGGAAGACCACCACACUGUCCAUGCUAACAGGACUGUUCCCUCCCACGAGUGGCAGGGCCUAUAUCAAUGGUUAUGACAUCUGCCAGGACAUGGCUCUGAUCCGUCGCAGCCUGGGUCUCUGUCCUCAACAUGAUGUGUUGUUUGAUAACCUUACUGUCAGAGAGCACCUACUCUUCUAUGCGCAGCUAAAAGGCUACCCCAGAGACAAGAUUCCCGCUGAGGUGGACCGAAUUAUUCAUAUCCUAAACCUGGAGGACAAGCGCCAGGCCCGAUCCAAGACCCUCUCCGGUGGCAUGAGGAGGAAACUCUCCAUCGGCAUUGCUCUCAUCGGAGACUCCAAGGUGGUGAUGUUGGAUGAGCCCACGUCUGGCAUGGACCCAUCAGCACGGCGGGCCACGUGGGACCUGCUGCAGGGGGAGAAGCGUGGCCGCACCAUCCUGCUCACCACACAUUUCAUGGACGAGGCCGACCUGCUGGGCGACCGCAUUGCCAUCAUGGCAGGAGGAGAACUGCAGUGCUGUGGGUCGCCUCUCUUCCUCAAGAACAAAUACGGUGCUGGCUACCAUAUGGUGAUAGUGAAGGACGCUUUGUGUAAUGUUUCCGAAAUAACCCGCCUGGUCCACAUGUACGUUCCCAACGCCACGCUGGAGAGCAGCGCUGGAGCCGAGCUGUCUUACAUCCUGCCCAAGGAAAGCACAAGUCGGUUUGAGCUGCUGUUUGCUGAGCUUGAGAUGAACCGAGAAGAACUGGGCAUCGCCAGCUAUGGAGCCUCAGUAACCACGAUGGAAGAGGUCUUCUUGAGAGUGGGAAAGUUGGUGGAUUCCAGCUUGGACAUCCAGGCCAUACAGCUGCCCGCACUGCAGUACCAACAUGAGAGACGUUCCCACGACUGGACCACGGACGACGCCAGCAGUACCAGCGGCAUGACCGAUGUCACUGACUUCACAGACAGCGGCACACUCAUCUCUGAGGACUGCUCCAACAUCAAGCUCAACACCGGGGUCAGGCUAUACCUGCAACAGUUCUACGCCAUGUUCCUGAAGAGAGCACUUUAUAGCUGGAGGAACUGGAAGGUGAUGGUGGCUCAGUUUCUGGUCCCCAUGGUCUUCACUGUGGUAGCCCUGACUGUGGCCCGUUCCUUCCCCGGCCAUCACAGCGCCCCCCAGCUGAGGCUGGCACUCAGCCAGUAUGGCCACACAAGGGUGCCUGUGGCUCUGGAGCCUGGGGCUGGUCCCCUGGCAACUGCGCUGGCAGACUCAUACAGCUCCCAGCUCCCUUCCCAGCUAGGCCAGUUUAUCAACAUCACUGACUUCACUGACUACAUCCUGGUCCAGGCAGACAAGGAAGGUGGGGCCUUCAAUGAACACUGCGUGUUGGGCGCCGCCUUUCGUGGCAGCAGCCGUCAUUUUGCAGAGGCUACCGCGUAUUUCAACAAUGAGGGUUAUCACACCCCAGCCACGGCCCUCAUGAUGCUGGACAAUGCCCUAUUCAAGCUUUUGGCAGGGCCCAACGCUUCCAUCCAGAUUGGGAACUAUCCCAUGCCCCGCAACCUCUCAGAGACCGCCCAGAGCCAGCUCACAGAGGGUCAGACGGGCUUUGCCAUAGCCAUAAAUCUGAUGUACGGCAUGGCCUCCCUGUCCAGCACCUUUGCCCUGCUGCUUGUGACGGAGCGCUCCAUCAAGUCCAAGCAUGUGCAGCAGGUCAGCGGCGUCUACCUCUCCAACUUCUGGUUCUCCGCCCUGCUGUGGGACCUUGUCAACUUCCUGCUACCCUGUGUGCUCAUGCUGGUGGUGUUCCAGGCGUUUGCAGUCAAGGCCUUUGUAGAAGAAAGUCACCUCGUGGAUGUGUUGCUGCUACUGCUGCUGUAUGGUUGGGCUGUGAUACCUCUCAUGUAUCUGCUCAGCUUCCUCUUUUCCACCGCUGCCACUGCCUACACACGUCUCACCAUCUUCAAUAUUAUCUCUGGCACCGCCACCUUUCUGGCUGUCACCAUCAUGACCAUCCCAGAAUUGAAACUACUGGAUCUAUCACAUCUGCUGGACAAGGUGUUUCUGAUCUUCCCUAACUACUGCCUGGGCAUGUCCUUCAGCCAGUUCUACCAGAACUAUGAACUAAUCACCUUUUGCACCUCCAACCCCGUUGCUGCAACCAUCUGCAAGUACUACAACAUCACAUACCAGGAGAACUACUACUCAAUGUCAGAGCCUGGUGUGGGCCGCUUCCUGGUGGCUUUCUCUGUGCAGGGCAUAGUCUUCAUUGCUCUGCUUUUUGUCAUCGAACUGCAGUGUGUCUGCACCCUCAAGCGUUUCCUUGGAUCGCUGGGCAGGAGACACAAACAGCUCCCUCUGUUACAGGAAGCAGCACUGCUUCCAGAGGACAGGGAUGUGGCUGACGAGAGGAAGAGGGUCCUUGAGUGUCAGCCAAUGAUGGAGUCCAUGGUUGGCAGCCCCCUCAUUCUACAGGAACUGUCCAAGAUAUACAGCAGCGGUGAGACUCUUCUGGCAGUGGACAGGCUGUCUCUAGCUGUGGGCAAAGGAGAAUGCUUUGGCCUCUUGGGCUUCAAUGGAGCAGGGAAGACCACUACAUUUAAGAUGCUGACUGGGGAUGAGACCGUUACUUCUGGAGACGCCUACAUUGAUGGAUACAGUAUCUUGAGGGACGUCAAGAAGGUACAGCAGCGCAUUGGUUACUGUCCCCAGUUUGACGCUGUGUUGGACCACAUGACAGGAAGAGAGACUCUGAGCAUGUAUGCCAGGCUCAGAGGCAUACCAGAGAAAUACGUGUCCGGCUGUGUAGAGAAUGUCCUGAGGUCGCUGCUACUGGAGCCGCAUGCGGACAAGCUGGUCCGAAGCUACAGCGGGGGCAACAAGAGGAAGCUGAGUGCAGGUAUUGCACUGAUUGGUGGUCCACCAGUCAUCUUCCUAGAUGAGCCGUCUACAGGGAUGGACCCUGUGGCCAGAAGGUUGCUGUGGGACGCUGUUACUCGCACGCGGGAGUCUGGAAAGGCAAUAAUCAUCACCUCUCAUAGUAUGGAGGAGUGUGAGGCCCUGUGCACCAGGCUGGCUGUGAUGGUCAAUGGUCAGUUUAAGUGCCUUGGCAGUCCCCAACAUCUCAAGAGCAAGUUUGGCAGUGGCUACACCCUGCUUGCCAAAGUGCAUGUCGAGGCCGAGUUAGAGGACAGUGACCUGCAGCUCUUCAAAGAUUUUAUUGAAAGCACCUUCCCAGGAAGUCUACUGAAGGAUGAGCACCAGGGCAUGGUGCACUAUCACUUGACUGACAAGACUCUCACGUGGGCACAGGUGUUCGGCACUCUUGAAGCAGCCAAAGAGAAGUACUGUAUUGAGGAUUACUGUGUGAGCCAGAUCUCGCUCGAGCAGGUCUUCCUCAGCUUCGCCCAGUUCCAGCACUGCACAGAGGUGGGGAGGAUAUAGAAGAAGAGCUGAACGGGGAAUCCGUCCGCCCAGGGUCCUGUUUUCCACUGUGUGUGUG